UCACUGAAAAGUUGCUAAUGUGAAUGCACCUCAAUUUUCAAGUGUUUCAAAUCUUUUUCAAACCUAUGAUUUGUCAUUUUAUACAUGCAAUGUUUACAGAACCUUUAGAUUCAGGAGGCCAAAGGUGAACAAAAUCCCAAUUUUGGGUCUUUAUUUAUGUACCGUAAACAAGCACACAUUGAAUGAUUCAAUGUAGGAAUGCUUAGUUUUUCGCUUUAAAACAGAUCAGAUGCUACUUUAUCAGUGAUUCCUUGGCACAACCCUCUUCAUGUACUCAUAACAGUUUCUCAAGUAUCAGACAGGAAGGAUAAUAUGUUCUCAUUCACUUUUCAAAUAUAUAAUAACAGUCAAAGAUUUAAAGCUCUUUGUGCUUGACUGCAAUGCUUGAAUGUGCCAUGCCGAUGUGCUUUUGUAAAGAAAAUACAAUACAAAUUUGAAUGAAUGAUCAGAUUGAGUGCCAAGCAAGUACGGGAUGACAUCAGGUGAAUGCUGCUGUGGUUAAAAAUAGAGAAGACAUAAUUUAACAAUAUUUAUUAACUGUUGAAUAUUUGCUUCAAGAGAUUGUCAGUAGUCAAGUGGUCUUAAGUUAGCAAUUGUUAGCUUUGUUACUAUUGUCUAAGUUAUUAACCUGUUAUUAAACUGUAUAAAAUGCAUAAUGUUGCUUCCAGUAUUGUUGAAUGUGUUGGCAUAAUGUGAGUCAAUGAAAUAAAUUGUCAGAAAAGCUCGCAUUGUUUGAAUUUCAAUAUUUUAAUUAAAAUAUUUGUAUAUAUUUAUUUUUCAUGUGUAACUUAACACUCCUCAUUGGCCCAAACUGCUUCUAGAAAGAGCUUGCAUAGAUAAAACUAAUGUGAAUACAUAGGAAAUAUUUGCAUCGUCUAACCAGCAAUGAAAGUGCUUACAGGAACAGUUUGCAGAAGAGCCAUAAAAAUGGUGAUAGGUAAAAUAUACCGAUCUGUUUACCCCAGUAAAGAGCCACAUAGCUUUCCGCGUUGCUUACUGGAACUGAAGAACAUAUUCUUCUUGACAUGGCAUAUAACCAAAUGCUUCAGCUUUUAUAUAUUAUUCACAUUUUGGGUAGCCAGAACUAGAAACUACCAGCAUGAUUCUACAACAUAUGGAUAACACCACAGUUUUGGAUAGUACUAACACGACUCCUCUGAACAAUGGCACCAUCCGUGUAGACCACAUUGAAGAGAUCAUCAGAUGGAUCUCAUUUGCUGUUGGGCUUCCUGGCAUCGGCUUUUCUAUCUACCUCAUGGGCAUGCAAGCAAAAACUGGCAAGGCUGCUCCCAUCUACCUAAUAAGCCUUCUCGCAUCCGAUAUCUUCAACAUCCUUGGGCGACCGAAAACAUCUGCAGAGGAUGCUCAGAAAACCAGUAUGCAGAGUACAGACAUAUCCUCCCUGAUAUUCUACUUUGGGAUCAUAUCUAACAUUGUGUUCAUGGUCUGUGUUGCUCAGGAGCGAUAUCUGUUGGUAACCUGUCCACGAUAUAAUGCCUUCUGCAUGAAAAUCAAACAGUCGAGCAUGAUUUCAUUGGCCGUGUGGGCAGCUCCAUUUGCAAUACUUUUCCUGGCGUACCAAGGAUAUAUCAUCUUAUUCUCCAUAGCUCUUCUUCUCCCACUGCCAUUCCUGGGGUUUUUCUUUUUGGAUUCUUUUAGAGCCUUGUGGUGUACAAGACGGCCAGCACCUGUGACUAACAGAAACAAGAUUCUGGGUAUGCAGGGGGUCAUCUUGUGUAAUUACAGCAUGCUUUACCUUCCCUUUAUCCUAAAUACUCUGCUCAAAGCAUUGGCUUUAAGCUCUUAUGUAUACUACUUGGGACUUGUAUCUGAUCUUCUUCUCUAUCUUGGUCCACUGGUGGACCCAUUCCUCUCAAUCUUCCUUACAAAUGGAAUUGGUGACAUUUUGAAGGCCUUUCCCUGCUGUGCGAGGACAAACACACAGGAGGAAACCAACUCUGUGAAUACAGACACUGUGGAAACAGUAUCUGGGUUCUUUACGCAGCUGUGAGAAAAUUUAAAUUGAACAAAUAAGAGUUAUUUUGAUUGUUAGCAUUUUACAGCUUUGUAAUAGUUCACCCAAAAAUGUCUUAAUUCAAAAUUCUGUCAUUGUUUACUCAUCCCUCACUAAACAUGAAUAAUUCUCUCUCUUUUUUGUUAGUUUGUUGUUUUGUUUUAAACUCUAUGGUGCGCUCAGUUUUUUUAGUUUCAGCUUCAUCAGAAUGGAACAAAACUUGGGGACUUUUAUGGCAUUUGGAAUGUGAACACACACAAAAAGGCAUAAUUUUAGCAAACUAAUUGAUCGUAAAAAAAAUUAAAAAUAGUCACACUUGUGUAAAAAAUGACCGACCAUAGGAAAUGAAUGGGAAAUUGACAAAAACUAAAAAAAUCUUAGAAAUGUUUGUACAAUCUAUAAAUCUGACACAAUGCAGAAAAAAGUACACAGCAAUGACAGGGUGAACCUCUAAAACAUAAAAAAGUGCAAAACCAACACAUCCACUCAGUGCCGUUUAUAGGCAUAGGUGAGCAAGACGGUCGCAUAGGGCCCCACUGGAUCCCCCAACAUCAUUGGGCUAGAGAACUGUCAAACUGAUGAUGCCUGUAUGCCAUUGGAUCAGGGCGUUGUCAAUUGCUGCCUGAUUGUUGCAUGCAAAGUUUGCAUUUGGAGCGCUCAUCAAGUUAGAUCAAUGGGCUCUGUCGGUCCUUUGGCAAGACAAGAGCUGCGUCCCAAAUGAUGCACUACACUUUGCAUUAUGGCACCGUAUUCAUGCACUAUGUACGCAACCAUGUAUAGUAUGAAUUAUAUAAGGUUAUUUUGUCAUUCAUAAUCUGAGUCUGAUAGCCCCUCCCCCUUCGGUACGUAAUUAUAAUUAUAUGAAGUGUUUCCACUUUUGU